AUGGCUGCUGUCUUCAAUGAAGUUUUAAAAAUGUUGUCCAUUUAUGGAAUUUGGUUUUAUGAUAAGGAAGAAUGCCAGAGAAUUGCAGAACUUAUGAAAAACCUAACUCAGUCUGAACAGUUGAAAGCCCAUCAAGAAGCUGGAGCUGGAAUCUCCCCUAUGAUCCUCAAUUCAAGAGAGGGCAAAGAAGUAGACAUCCUACGAAUGCUCACGAAGGCCAAAGAUGAGUACACAAAGUGUAAAACCUGUUCUGAGCCAAAACAGAUAACCAGUUCUGCCAUCUGUGACAACCCCAAUGUCAUUAAACCAAUCCCAGUGAAGCCCAGUGACAGCCAGCAGCAUCGGGGCCUACAGCCCAGCCAGACUUUAGACCAUGAGUCCCGACACUUAUCCUUGACAGCUCUGUUUGGAAAGCAUGACAAAAUGCCUUGUCAGGGGACCAUGGAGCCCCCACUGAUCCCCCAGCAGCAGCGGCAGCAGCAGGAGAAGCUUCCUGUUCGGCAGGGAGUUGUGCGCUCCCUUUCCUAUGAGGAGCCCAGAAUGCCCUCACCCCCUGUGGAGAAGCAGCUCUGCCCAGCCAUUCAGAAACUCAUGGUCAGGAGCACAGACCUGCACCCACUGUCAGAGCUGCCUGAGCAGCGGCCCUGCGAAGCCGAUGGCACCCACCCUAUGGGGGCAGUUCUCUCUGGACCUAUCCAGCCUGGGUCUCCGCAGAACAUCAGGACUUCCCAUGGUACACAAAGUGCUUCCAGAACCCAGAACCUACUAGAGAAGCUCCAGAGUAGCCCAGGGGCAGUGAACAAGUACAAUGCUACUGCACCAACCCCUGCCAGCCCAGCUGCCCUCUCUGCUGCCAUCCCCACAGCUCCACAGCUGGGGUAUUUCAAUGGCCCCUUCCCACCUCCACGAGGACAUCAGGCUCCCGGGAAGGAGCAGUGCCCACUGGGGAGCCCAGCGCUGCCCCUUCCUGGUGGUCAGGCAAGCAACCCUGGGGCGCUCCCCCCUCAGGAGCUGCUGAGAAAGCUCCAGGCUGUGCAGCAGGAGCAGCAACUGCAGGUGGCCCACCGGCCGGCCUUGGCAGCCAAGUUCCCUGUGGUAGCCCAGAGCUCCAGGACAGGGAAGCCCUUGGAGGCCUGGAUCAGCAAGGCAUCCAGCAUGGAGAAGCAGGCUCCUCUUCUGCAGGUCAUCUCGCCACAGUGCAUCCCAGCUACAGUGGCUCCUUCUCUGCUCAUGUCCCCCAUGGUGUUCACACAAUCCUCCUGUGCCGCGCAGAGGGAAAAAGAAAGUGGCCUUUUGCCUCUGGGAGGCCAGGAACCACGAGCUGCCUCCCCUGGCCUCCUCCUACCCUUGAAGAACCCGGAGCCCUCUGCCAUCACCUGCAGCCCACUCACCAGGCUGCAGCUCCAGGAAGCACUGCUGUACCUUGUCCAGAAUGAUGACAACUUCUUAAAUAUAAUCUACGAAGCCUAUCUCUUCAGCAUGACACAAGCAGCCAUGAGAAAGACUAUCUGAAAGGGAAGCCUGGAG